AAUCCGGCGAAAAUGGUGAGAGAUAUUGAAGAUGAGAUCAGAGACGAGAAGAAUCCUCGUCCCCUUGACGAAGAUGAUAUCGCUCUCCUCAAGACUUAUGGGUUAGGGCCUUACUCUGCACCUAUCAAGAAAGUGGAGAAAGAAAUUAAGGAUCUCGCCAAGAAGAUCAACGAUCUAUGUGGUAUCAAGGAGUCUGAUACUGGUUUAGCUCCUCCCAGUCAAUGGGAUCUUGUAUCUGAUAAGCAAAUGAUGCAAGAGGAGCAACCUCUGCAGGUUGCGAGAUGCACAAAGAUAAUAAGUCCAAACACCGAAGAUGCAAAAUACGUCAUUAAUGUCAAACAAAUUGCUAAGUUUGUUGUUGGACUUGGCGAUAAAGUUUCUCCCACUGAUAUUGAAGAAGGCAUGCGUGUGGGAGUUGAUCGGAAUAAAUAUCAGAUUCAGAUUCCUCUACCUCCGAAAAUCGAUCCUAGCGUGACCAUGAUGACAGUCGAAGAGAAACCUGAUGUAACUUACAAUGAUGUUGGUGGCUGUAAGGAGCAGAUUGAGAAGAUGCGAGAGGUUGUUGAACUGCCAAUGCUUCAUCCAGAGAAAUUUGUGAAGCUUGGAAUAGAUCCUCCCAAGGGUGUUCUCUGCUAUGGUCCUCCUGGUACUGGUAAAACCCUUCUGGCUAGAGCUGUGGCCAACAGAACCGAUGCUUGCUUUAUCAGGGUUAUCGGCAGUGAGCUUGUUCAGAAGUAUGUUGGUGAAGGAGCUAGGAUGGUUCGUGAACUGUUUCAGAUGGCACGGUCCAAGAAAGCUUGCAUUGUAUUCUUUGAUGAAGUUGAUGCCAUUGGUGGUGCAAGAUUUGAUGACGGUGUAGGUGGUGAUAAUGAAGUCCAACGUACUAUGCUUGAGAUUGUGAAUCAGCUUGAUGGGUUCGACGCACGUGGUAACAUCAAGGUUCUUAUGGCAACAAACAGGCCUGACACACUAGACCCAGCUCUUUUACGUCCUGGACGUCUUGACCGUAAGGUUGAGUUUGGUCUUCCUGACCUGGAGAGCAGAACACAGAUCUUCAAGAUUCACACAAGAACCAUGAACUGCGAAAGAGACAUCCGUUUCGAACUCCUUGCUCGCCUCUGCCCAAACUCUACCGGAGCUGAUAUCAGAAGUGUAUGCACUGAAGCUGGAAUGUACGCAAUCAGAGCUAGGAGAAAGACUGUGACUGAGAAAGACUUUCUGGACGCAGUGAACAAAGUCAUUAAAGGUUACCAAAAGUUCAGUGCCACUCCCAAGUAUAUGGUCUACAAUUAGAGAGAGAGAGAGAUAGAAGAAGUCGUCCGAAACACUCCUAAAUCAAAACUCCGAAACACUCUUUGUUCUUUGUCAGCGUCUCUCCCCUUCAAUCUCUUUUGCAGUACUUGUUUUACUACUUAUUCCAGUAACUCGAUUGCUUUCUUCUUCAAUGUCUGGUACUUUUGGAUUCCAUAAAUUCUCUGUUAAGUU